UGUCCUUCUUAACAUAAAAAAAAGUACAAGCACACAUACUGGAAAAUGUUAAGUUCAGAGACAUUAUGAUAUGAUCUACUCUUCCAUACAUACACCUUAUCAAUCCCACUGUUUACACACGUUAAGUGCUGCAUGUGGUAUCGUGAAUCUUUUAUUUGUCCUAAAAUUGAACCAAAUGUGUUUUAGAACAACAAAACAUAUAAAAUGACAGGUCAGUAUUUGUUCAUCAUGCCCUUAGUUGUAUAAUCACUUUUCAUAUCGGACAGAACAAAUGCCAGACGUGUCAGCACAGUUCAAGGCAUGCAGUAUAGACAUGCACAGUUCAAGACAUGCAACUGAAUCAAUAAAUGGACUUGUAUAUAUAAUAUAUGAGAGAUCUCAAUCCUACAGAAUAACUGUGAUGAUGACGCCGUUAUUCUUGAUUUCUUCGACUUUAAUACACAUUGCAGUAUCAACAUGCCAAAACUACAGUGUCACAUUUGAGCGACUUUUAGACUACGAUGAUGUAAACGUGAUGAACAUCAGCGUAUCGCUGAAUCUCAUUAUUGAUGUGAAUGAAGUCCACAAAUGUGCUGACGCAUGCGCAUUAAGUUCCAGUUGUGCUGUAUUCUACCAUGACCCGGUGGCAUCAUGCUGCAUUCUCUACCCCUUGAUCGUGAUCCCGAGUCCUAACACAGGAAGGUCAUCCCCCGGAUCUCGACACUAUCAGAGACGACUGCAGCUGCCAUCAGACCCUACAGAUUGGUGUGCAGAGAGUAAAGGCUGGGUUCAGGAUGAGGGCUCCACAAUCUGCUACAGCAUGUCAGAGGACGAAGCCAUUUGGGAGAAUGCAAAACGAACGUGUGAGGACAAAGGGGGGCAAUUGAUGAUGUUCAAAGACGAGGACAAAACAAAUAAAGUUUUGGAUAUUAUCAAUGGAUUCUAUUUAUAUAGCACCAACGUGUGGAUUGGCAUGACCGAUGUUGAGACAGAAGGAGUCUUCAAAUGGAUCGAUGGGACAACGCUGUCAAACGAUCAUGGGACCCGUAGUCUAAUUAAUGGAGGGACCGAAGAAAACUGUGUUAUGUUGCAUCAAGGCGGAAUAUAUGAUAGCGACUGUGGAAGCGAAAAAAGGUAUCUCUGUGAAAAUAGGCAAACCUAAAAUCAUUUGAUUUGACGAACUUAUUUAAUUAUUACAUUUACAGGUUACAUGUAUGUCUGUAUUUUCUUUGGUUGAGUAAGGGUCAAAUGACAUGGUAUUACCCAGAGAUCAAAAGUGGUAGUGCACUGCGUAAUUAAGCUAAUAGACUCAAAGGAGAGCCAUACUUUCAACCAAUCAGCGAGAGUCUUACGCAAAGCUUGUUGUGAAGCAACAUCUCCAAGGUAAACAAUAUGGCUGCUCAUUUCGCUGUCGUUUGCGAAAAAGAAAAAGACGCAAUUCUCAACUUUUUUAUAUUAUGCAAUAAAAGAAUUAUUGACCACAGUUGUGAUAAUAUCAUGUUUUAUGGAUUAUAAAACGGAUAUUGACCGAGGCCAGCUGGUCCAUGAAAGAUGGUAUUGCCUUCACGAAUGGUCAAUAAUUGAUAAAUUGAUAAGUAAAUAGUUGUUUUUCAUGCUAAUACAUACGGUUUUAGUUUUAGCUGCUCAAUAAUUAUAAAUAAUUAUUAUUACCCAUAUGGGCUCAAGUAUGCAGUGUAAUAACUUUUUGAUAUUUUGCACAGUGUACAAUUAGUGAUUUUUCCGUAAUCACUCGUACUUCGUGGGUUAUUCUAUAAGUAUUUCAUUGCAACUGCCUUUCCCAGCUACCUGUCACGAAUAUCACGAAUGUUUUAUAUCAAGAAGAUGACUGCAAUGUUUAAUACGAGAUUAUCAGGUUGAAAUUAAAAGGGGACGAACAUGCUAGUCUUUACUUUUACCUCUGUUUGCAAUAAAACGGCUCAUGACUGUCGUUUCUCUCUUGUUCAUGUUCUCUUAAAUAUGUCUUUGAAUGUGUUGUAUGUUGUCUGUUAUUUUGAACCUGGACCAGAGGCCUUAACACAGAAUAAAUUUAUAUGAUGGA